AUGACUCUCCUUUGUUGGAACUCCCGUGGGCUUGGGAACCCACGUGGAGUUCGAGUACUCGUUGCUUUAGUCAAAGAGGAAGAUCCCAAGGUCUUGUUCUUACAAGAGACCAGAUUACAUGAAAAAGCUAUGGAAAGACUCAAGUAUGGAUUGGGCUUUGAUAAUUGUUUGGCAGUAAGUAGUGUGAGGAGGAGUGGAAUUGCCAUCUACUGGAAAAAGGAGAUUAAUGUGGUUAUUAAGAAUUUUUUAAGAAGCCAUAUUCAUGCCUCUAUUAUUGAUACUAAUGCUGAAGGCGAACCUUGGUUUAUUACUGGGGUAUAUGGGCAACCUGAGGCUCAUAGGAGACAUAAAACUUGGGAUCUUAUAAGAUCCUUAAAGAUGCCAAGAGAUAAACGAUGGCUUUUGAUGGGGGAUUUCAAUAAGGUGUUCAGUAGUCAUGAGAAAAGUGGGGGGAAAGAUAAUACAGAUAAACAUAUGCAAGAUUUUCGAGCAGUAGUUGAUGAGUGUGAGCUACUGGAUUUGGGUUUUCAAGAUAUUUCAUUUACUUGGUGUAACAAAAGAGAAGCUGACCAAUGCAUCAGUGAGAGAUUUGAUAGAUGUUUGCCUAAUCUAAAAUGGAAGGCUUUAGUCCCCAUGGCUAAUGUAAUUCAUGGUAAUGUAGCAUAUUCUGAUCAUGUGUUAAUUAAGCUACAACUGCAGAAUGAUAGUUUCCAGAGGAGAGGAAAAGGCUAUCUCGUUUUGAGGCAAUGUGGGUGGUGGAUAAAAGUUGUCAAAUGGUUAUUGAGAAUGCAUGGUUGGGUAGUGCUGGAGAAAGAACAUUGGAGGGGGUGA